UCAGAGCUGCCAGGGUUACUGGGGUACGGCCGGUCCAGGGCCACCGGCUGCGAGGCUGGUGCCUAAAUGUGUGUCCUAGGUUCUCCCAGCGGCCAAUCAGGCACCCAGGUCCAAGGUGCCAGCUUCUCUAAGAGGCUACACCAGGAGGCUUAAGCUUGCUGACCACCUGCGUGGAAGGUUCUGCCUCCCCAUCCUCAGUGAGGCAGGAGAGGUGUUGGAUUCCCCAGCCAGAGCCAGGGAGAAGGUUCUGGAAGGAUGGUCAGGUGCGGAAUGGAGGUGGGAGACAGGGACGUCCAUUCCUUAUUCCUAGGCUCCUUUCUUCUCGUGACCUUGGCUACAGGCCCUCAGUUCCCACAUUUGUACAGCACAAGUGUGUCUGGAAACAGCCCUAGCUGGUUAACUGUGGUCCUGGGUACCCGGCUGGUUAAAGGUGAUGGGGUGACAGGUGGCCUCGGCUUAGUGCGCUGGGAUGGACUCAUGUAUGGCCUUUGUGUGGCAGAGGGGGUGGGCGGGGUAGGCUGUUUUGUGUGUUUUGAGCUUGAAGGAGCCUUUCUCCCUCUAGUCCCCUCCUGGGUGGGGGUUGGGCAGGGGGAGAUGGCCUCAACCCACUCUCCCCUUCACAGCAGCAGAUGGUCCCUGGCCACUCCCCCGCUUACCCUAGCAGGCUGCCUUUCUCUUUUGUCUCCCAGCCUGUGAAGCUAUAACUAACUAUUGUCUGGGUCUUUUGCUUAAGUAAAUCAAAUAUGCAGCCUGCUGCUGGUACCCAACCCCCUGUGCUCUCAGGAGCUAAAAACCGUGGGACUCCUGAGUCUGUCUCUACCCCAGACUUCAGCCUGGUCCCUGGUCCUUUCUCUAACUCUGCCCCACUUGCCACGCCACUUCAGCAAACACUCUCAGUCUGUUUGUGUCCAUGCUCUGGGCUCUAGUGACUUCUGCUGCCCCAUGGCCAGCCAUUUGGUGGCAAAAAUUUGCCAGACUGUCUUAGACAAGAAAGGCCCGACUUCUUGGCUGGCUCCUUCUGGAGCUGUGUGGUGGAAGGAGACUGUCACACUGGGAGUAGCUUAAGUAUAUAAGACCUCAAAGCCUGCCCGCAUUGUGACACACUUCCUCCAGCAAGGCCACAUACUCCCUAUGGGCCAACCAUUGAAAUACACAAGUCUCUGAGGGUCAUUCCUAUUCAAACCACCACAGGCAGUUGACAUUCAUCUUCACUGACAGCCCAGAUGAACGCCUCCAGGAGAGACUAGGCCCGCACCUCGUGGUCACCAACUGUUCUGCAGAGCACAGUCAUCCUGCUCUGUCCUGCAAGAUGGCUGCAGAGUUCGAUGCCUUCUUGGUCAGUGGCCUCAGGUGGUUCUGCCACGUGGAUGAUGACAACUAUGUGAACCCCAAGGCUCUGCUGCAGCUGUUGAAAACAUUCCCGCAGGACCGUGAUGUCUAUGUGGGCAAGCCCAGCCUGAACCGGCCCAUCCACGCCUCUGAGCUGCAGUCAAAAAACCGCACGAAGCUGGUGCGGUUCUGGUUUGCCACAGGGGGUGCUGGUUUCUGCAUCAACCGCCAACUGGCUUUGAAGAUGGUGCCAUGGGCCAGCGGCUCCCACUUUGUGGACACUUCUGCUCUCAUCCGGCUCCCCGAUGACUGCACUGUGGGCUACAUCAUCGAGUGCAAGCUGGGGGGUCGCCUGCAGCCCAGCCCCCUCUUCCACUCACACCUGGAAACCCUGCAGCUGCUGGGGGCCGCCCAGCUUCCGGAGCAGGUCACCCUCAGCUACGGUGUCUUUGAGGGGAAACUGAAUGUCAUCAAGCUACCGGGCCCCUUCUCCCAUGAAGAGGACCCCUCCAGAUUCCGCUCCCUCCAUUGUCUCCUCUACCCAGACACACCCUGGUGUCCGCUGCUGGCAGCGCCCUGAGCUCUGAACUGCCGCAAAGGAUGAUGGAUGCUACUGCCUGACCACUCCCUCACCUCCCAAGCAGUCCUGAGGGCUCUCAGUCCAGUGCACACUGGCAGAUGGUCCCUGGCAGGGCCUCUGGGUGACAGGAAAGGCUACGAUAUGGACACUGCUUGGUGUUGAGGGUGUCUUGGGCUGGUCAUACCACAGAGGCGGCAGGAACGCUUGAGUUGGUGUGUGGGAGGGGAUAGGGGUCCUCACCCUCCUGAGGGUGACAUGUGCCCUGCAUGGAAUCUAGCCUCUGGCUUUGGCCUCAGUCAUUCCUUAGAGACUAGAGUCAUUGGGAGAAGGCCAGGGUCUGUGACCUGCGGCUGUGGAACUGGUCUCAGCUGCUCCUGGCGCUGCUCAGCUGGCCAAUGGACCUAGACUUUAGAAGCCCAGAAGGCUCAGGUGCCAAUUGCAACCGACCUUUGGUCACUGUCCCAGCCUUCUCUGCUGUGAGGAGCUGCCAUGUGACCCAGUGGAACUGAGCAAAGCCAAUAGAAGGGUUUCUGGAAUACAUUCCCAGCCCAAGACCCCAUCUUCCUACUAUGAAUGUGGGUGUGACGGCUGAAUCUGGGGAAACUACUUUGGCACCAUGAAGGAAAGGCCAAGACAAUCUAAAGUUGUUCUCCCUAACACCUCAUCUGUAAGAAAUUAAACCUUUAUUUAAGUCUC